ACAUUGAAUGCUGGAUCAUACAAUAUUUAUUUAUUUUGAAUUAUUAUUGUCAUUAUUUUUUCGUGUACAUGAUCCAAAAUUAAAAUAAUUUUUGUUUAACAAAAUAUAUUGUGAAUUGUAAAAGAAAAUUCUACCAUAUUUUUUUACUUAUGUUCGUAGAUGUUGCAUACUUUGUAAUGGUAUUGAAUGUUGCCAAAGUUUAGUAAUUUGAAAUCGGAUUCUUAUCGGAAAAAUUAUUAUAAUCAUAAAAAUGAUGUCCGAAAUCAUUCGCCGACCAUCGGAACAAUGUUCACCUAAAACUAGUCCACGUGGUAAUCGAUCACCGGUAGUUAUACCUAGACAGGAUUCUACCGGAACAUUAAAAACGACUAUAUCGUUGGGCAAAACACCUGCCAUCGUUCAUAGUGGACCAUUCUAUCUGAUGAAAGAAUUACCUCCUCCAAGUGAAUUGACAGGCUCAACAAAUUUACUACAAUACCAUAAUCUCGAACAUUCUUUUAAUAAAUUUUGUGGUCGUAAAAUUAAAGAUCAGCUGAGUGCAUUUCUGCCAAACCUUCCCGGCAAUAUCGAUAUACCAGCAUCUCAAGAUGACAGUUCAUUAAGAAAAAUGAUAGAACGUCCACCAAUCACAUCGAUCGAGAUAGUUCCAUUGAAUAAACAACAAUUGGAUUCGGCAUUUCGUUUACAUGUUGGUCCAGUGCCUGAUCAAUAUCGAUUCAUGAACCAAACAGUACAACGCAAAAAACAUAAGCAUAAAAAAAGUCAUAAGAAUAGAUCUGGUCCAAAUGGACCAGGUGAUUCACCAUUAGGUGGACCAAACGAUCAUCAUUCAGCUCAUUUACUUUCGGAUUCGAAUAUGAAUUCCGAUCUACUAUCGUCUCUAUCCUCUAAUCGUGAUCGUGAUUCACAUGAGAUGAUGAUGAAAAAACAUAAAAAACAAAAACGUCAUGAUGAUGAAAAAGAACAGCGAAGAAAAAAGAAAAAGGACAAAAAGAAAAAGAAACGCCAUUCUCCCGAUUCACCACCAUAUGAUCCAAAUGCAUCAUCUUCAUUGCCAAUAGAUGAUAGUCCAAUGAUGUCAUCAUCUGUACCAUCAUCAGUGAUGAUAGGUGGUGGUCCAGGAACACCAUCAAAUCCAACGGGCAAUAAUGGUCUAACCUCAACAUCAUCUAAUCAUCAAUCAUCAAACGCAUCAAUCACUGGGCCACAACAGCCAUCAUCAGCAUCAUCAAUUACCACAUUGCAACAUUCAAGCUCAUCAUUGAAUAAUAAUAUCAAUGGCAGUUCUUCUGGGCGGCCAUUAUUGUAAAAUCAUUCAUCUAUAAUGUGGACCUCAUUGUAUAAAAAAAAAAAAAAAAAAUUCUCAAAAUGAAAAUCUGUAUGAUUAUGAAAU